AAUACAACUCAUGACUCAUCAUAUCAUUGCGAAAAAUAACUAGAAAAUUUUCAGAAUAAUAUAGAUAUCUAAAAAUGAAAGUUUGUUCAUAUUUGGUAAUAGUAAUAUUCUUGAUAAUGGCAACGAUGUUGUUGGCUAACACUACUAAUGCAGCACCAACGGCUGCUCAGUGCAAGGAAGAAAGAAGGCUAGCAGUGAACGAAUGCAAAAACGUCUUGUAUGGUCGGCUUCCAUCCCCUUCUUGUUGUCAACGAGCUCGAGUUAGCCACGUCGAAUGCAUAUGUCCUGUUAUCACCCCUAAGCUGGCCGCACUGAUUGAUGUCAAUCGUGCUGUUAGACUUAUUGAAGGUUGUGGACGCAGGGUCCCUCGUCACUACAAAUGUGGAAGUAUUACAACACCUUAAAAAAGUGACGACGAAUGUUAGGGCGAAAGCGGUUCGGGAAGUAGGAUCAGAGAGCAAUCUACCUCGAUCUAUUAAGUACUCCUUAAUUAAUAAUGUACUCGUAUGUUUGAUGUCUUAUCUAGCUUAAGCUUAGUAAUUGGCUAAUUGCUUGUACGCAUUUAGUUUUAAGAAGAGUAUGAUAACGGAUAAUAAAGGAGGCCAAACUUAAUUUGGUUAA